AUGGAAUUGAUUGAUUUCAACUCAACUGAGGAGGACCCUCCUAUUAAUUUCUUCCUGAGUUCUCUUGAGGAACAAAUCCGGGUUGAACUGCAUGACAGCAAGGCAAGGCUCACCCCGAGUAAGUCUGAGGGCAGAGUCCACCUGGAAAUACAAGAGGACUUACUGGCAAACCUUCUCGAUCAUCUCCAAGAGCGUAGAGAGGAUGACAAAUGCAGCCCUAAGCAAGAAGGCAUGCAGAAAGAGAUAUGUAGCCUACAGGCGCAUUUCACUGAAAGUGUCAGUGAGGUGGAGUAUCUCAAAAGCCAGCUGAUAAAGGUCCGCCCAAUGUUGAGGAAAGCACAGGAAGAUCUCGUGCAGCAGACCGCAACAAACAAAGUCCAGCAGAUGGCAUUGGAGCGCAUGAAGGCAGAAAAAGACGCCCUUCAAAGUGAGCUCCGCGCUAUAAGACCAAUGCUGGGUGUGGCAAAAACGCACGUGGAGUUGGAGUUGGAGAGCUAUCUCGAAUUGGAGAGAGCGAAGACCAGGAAGAUCACAACAGCCCUGAAAAAGGCGGAAGAUCUCCUGGCGACUGAGCGCCUCAGAUUCCAGCAAGAGAUCAAGACCCUCCAGGAUGUCAAGCAUCAAACCUCGACAAACAAAGAACAGCAGAUGGCAUUGGAGCGCAUUAAGGCAGAAAACAAGGCCCUUCAAAGUGAGCUCUGUGUUUUAAGACCAAUGCUGGGUGUGGCAAAAACGAACGUGGAGUUGGAUUUGGAGAGCUAUCUCGAAUUGGAGAGAGGCGAGACCAGGAAGAUCACAACAGCCCUGAAAAAGGCGCAAGAUCUCCUGGCGACUGAGCGCCUUCAAUUCAAGCAAGAGAUCACUAACCUCAAGGAUCUCAAGCAUCAAACCUCCCUUAACAAACUCCAGCAACUCACAUUGGAGCGCAUGAAGGCAGAAAAAGACGCCCUUCAAAGUGAGCUCCGCGCUAUAAGACCAAUGCUGGGUGUGGCAAAUACCAACCUGGAGUUGGAGAGAGCGGAGACCAGGAAGAUCACAACAGCCCUGAAAAAGGCGGAAGAUCUCCUGGCGACUGAGCGCCUCAGAUUCCAGCAAGAGAUCAAGACCCUCCAGGAUGUCAAGCAUCAAACCUCGACAAACAAAGAACAGCAGAUGGCAUUGGAGCACAUGAAGGCAGAAAACCAGGCCCUUCAAAGUGAGCUCUGUGUUUUAAGACCAAUGCUCUGUGUGGAAAAAACGAACGUGGAGUUGGAGAGCCAUCUCGAAUUGGAGAGAGGCGAGACCAGGAAGAUCACAACAGCCCUGAAAAAGGCGCAAGAUCUCCUGGCGACUGAGCGCCUUCAAUUCAAGCAAGAGAUCACUGACCUCAAGGAUCUCAAGCAUCAAACCUCCCUUAACAAACUCCAGCAACUCACUUUGGAGCGCAUGAAGGCAGAAAAAGACGCCCUUCAAAGUGAGCUCCGCGCUAUAAGACCAAUGCUGGGUGUGGCAAAUACCAACCUGGAGUUGGAGAGAGCGGAGACCAGGAAGAUCACAACAGCCCUGAAAAAGGCGGAAGAUCUCCUGGCGACUGAGCGCCUCAGAUUCCAGCAAGAGAUCAAGACCCUCCAGGAUGUCAAGCAUCAAACCUCGACAAACAAAGAACAGCAGAUGGCAUUGGAGCACAUGAAGGCAGAAAACCAGGCCCUUCAAAGUGAGCUCUGUGUUUUAAGACCAAUGCUCUGUGUGGAAAAAACGAACGUGGAGUUGGAGAGCCAUCUCGAAUUGGAGAGAGGCGAGACCAGGAAGAUCACAACAGCCCUGAAAAAGGCGCAAGAUCUCCUGGCGACUGAGUGCCUUCAAUUCAAGCAAGAGAUCACUGACCUCAAGGAUCUCAAGCAUCAAACCUCCCUUAACAAACUCCAGCAACUCACAUUGGAGCGCAUGAAGGCAGAAAAAGACGCCCUUCAAAGUGAGCUCCGCGCUAUAAGACCAAUGCUGGGUGUGGCAAAUACCAACCUGGAGUUGGAGAGAGCGGAGACCAGGAAGAUCACAACAGCCCUGAAAAAGGCGGAAGAUCUCCUGGCGACUGAGCGCCUCAGAUUCCAGCAAGAGAUCAAGACCCUCCAGGAUGUCAAGCAUCAAACCUCGACAAACAAAGAACAGCAGAUGGCAUUGGAGCACAUGAAGGCAGAAAACCAGGCCCUUCAAAGUGAGCUCUGUGUUUUAAGACCAAUGCUCUGUGUGGAAAAAACGAACGUGGAGUUGGAGAGCCAUCUCGAAUUGGAGAGAGGCGAGACCAGGAAGAUCACAACAGCCCUGAAAAAGGCGCAAGAUCUCCUGGCGACUGAGCGCCUUCAAUUCAAGCAAGAGAUCACUGACCUCCAGGAUCUCAAGCAUCAAACCUCCCUUAACAAAGACAAGCAACUCACAUUGGAGCACAUGAAGGCAGAACAUGAGGCCCUUCAAAGUGAGCUCUGUGCUAUAAGACCAAUGUUGGUUGUGUCAAAUACCAACCUGGAGUUGGAGAGAGCGGAGACCAGGAAGAUCACAACAGCCCUGAAAAAGGCGGAAGAUCUCCUGGCGACUGAGCGCCUCAGAUUCCAGCAAGAGAUCAAGACCCUCCAGGAUGUCAAGCAUCAAACCUCGACAAACAAAGAACAGCAGAUGGCAUUGGAGCACAUGAAGGCAGAAAACCAGGCCCUUCAAAGUGAGCUCUGUGUUUUAAGACCAAUGCUCUGUGUGGAAAAAACGAACGUGGAGUUGGAGAGCCAUCUCGAAUUGGAGAGAGGCGAGACCAGGAAGAUCACAACAGCCCUGAAAAAGGCGCAAGAUCUCCUGGCGACUGAGCGCCUUCAAUUCAAGCAAGAGAUCACUGACCUCAAGGAUCUCAAGCAUCAAACCUCCCUUAACAAACUCCAGCAACUCACAUUGGAGCGCAUGAAGGCAGAAAAAGACGCCCUUCAAAGUGAGCUCCGCGCUAUAAGACCAAUGCUGGGUGUGGCAAAUACCAACCUGGAGUUGGAGAGAGCGGAGACCAGGAAGAUCACAACAGCCCUGAAAAAGGCGGAAGAUCUCCUGGCAACUGAGCGCCUCAGAUUCCAGCAAGAGAUCAAGACCCUCCAGGAUGUCAAGCAUCAAACCUCGACAAACAAAGAACAGCAGAUGGCAUUGGAGCACAUGAAGGCAGAAAACCAGGCCCUUCAAAGUGAGCUCUGUGUUUUAAGACCAAUGCUCUGUGUGGAAAAAACGAACGUGGAGUUGGAGAGCCAUCUCGAAUUGGAGAGAGGCGAGACCAGGAAGAUCACAACAGCCCUGAAAAAGGCGCAAGAUCUCCUGGCGACUGAGCGCCUUCAAUUCAAGCGAAAGAUCACUGACCUCAAGGAUCUCAAGAAUCAAACCUCCCUUAAUAAAGACAAGCAACUCACAUUGGAGCGCAUUAAGGCAGAAAAUGAGGCCUUGAAAAGUAAGCUCCAUGCUGUAAAACCUAUGCUGGCUUUGUCAAAAACCAACCUGGAGUUGGAGUUUGAGAGCAAUCUCAAAUUGGAGAGAGCGAAGACUAGGAAGAUCACAACAGCCCUGAAAAAGGCGAAAGAUCUCCUGGCGACUGAGCGCCUCAGAUUCCAGCAAGAGAUCAAGACCCUCCAGGAUGUCAAGCAUCAAACCUCGACAAACAAAGAACAGCAGAUGGCAUUGGAGCGCAUUAAGGCAGAAAACCAGGCCCUUCAAAGUGAGCUCUGUGUUUUAAGACCAAUGCUGGGUGUGGCAAAAACGAACGUGGAGUUGGAGUUGGAGAGCUAUCUCGAAUUGGAGAGAGGCGAGACCAGGAAGAUCAUAACAGCCCUGAAAAAGGCGGAAGAUCUCCUGGCGACUGAGCGCCUUCAAUUCAAGCAAGAGAUCACUGACCUCCAGGAUCUCAAGCAUCAAACCUCCCUUAACAAAGACAAGCAACUCACAUUGGAGCACAUGAAGGCAGAACAUGAGGCCCUUCAAAGUGAGCUCUGUGCUAUAAGACCAAUGUUGGUUGUGUCAAAUACCAACCUGGAGUUGGAGAGAGCGGAGACCAGGAAGAUCACAACAGCCCUGAAAAAGGCGGAAGAUCUCCUGGCGACUGAGCGCCUCAGAUUCCAGCAAGAGAUCAAGACCCUCCAGGAUGUCAAGCAUCAAACCUCGACAAACAAAGAACAGCAGAUGGCAUUGGAGCGCAUUAAGGCAGAAAACCAGGCCCUUCAAAGUGAGCUCUGUGUUUUAAGACCAAUGCUGGGUGUGGCAAAAACGAACGUGGAGUUGGAGUUGGAGAGCUAUCUCGAAUUGGAGAGAGGCGAGACCAGGAAGAUCAUAACAGCCCUGAAAAAGGCGGAAGAUCUCCUGGCGACUGAGCGCCUUCAAUUCAAGCAAGAGAUCACUGACCUCCAGGAUCUCAAGCAUCAAACCUCCCUUAACAAAGACAAGCAACUCACAUUGGAGCACAUGAAGGCAGAACAUGAGGCCCUUCAAAGUGAGCUCUGUGCUAUAAGACCAAUGUUGGUUGUGUCAAAUACCAACCUGGAGUUGGAGAGAGCGGAGACCAGGAAGAUCACAACAGCCCUGAAAAAGGCGGAAGAUCUCCUGGCGACUGAGCGCCUCAGAUUCCAGCAAGAGAUCAAGACCCUCCAGGAUGUCAAGCAUCAAACCUCGACAAACAAAGAACAGCAGAUGGCAUUGGAGCGCAUUAAGGCAGAAAACCAGGCCCUUCAAAGUGAGCUCUGUGUUUUAAGACCAAUGCUGGGUGUGGCAAAAACGAACGUGGAGUUGGAGAGCUAUCUCGAAUUGGAGAGAGGCGAGACCAGGAAGAUCACAACAGCCCUGAAAAAGGCGGAAGAUCUCCUGGCGACUGAGCGCCUUCAAUUCAAGCAAGAGAUCACUGACCUCCAGGAUCUCAAGCAUCAAACCUCCCUUAACAAAGACAAGCAACUCACAUUGGAGCACAUGAAGGCAGAAAAUGAGGCCCUUCAAAGUGAGCUCUGUGUUUUAAGACCAAUAUUGGUUGUGUCAAAUACCAACCUGGAGUUGGAGAGCCAUCUCGAAUUGGAGAGAACGGAGACCGGGAAGAUCACAACAGCCCUGAAAAAGGCGGAAGAUCUCCUGCAGACUGAGCAACUCCGAUUCCAGCGAGAGAUCACUGACCUCCAGGAGGAGACAGAGAAAUCUAAAACGACCUGUCUCGCUCAACUGGAAGCACAAACUAGUAAGCUCAUGGGCGCUCUAAAUGAGGCUCAGCAGGAGCUGAAGAUCAGGACUCUCCAGUGGCAGGAGGAGAACAUUGUUCUCACUGCAAAGCUGGAGGUAUCCCAUGUCAUCCAUCUUGCCCAGCUAGAGAUGCAUGCAUCGGAAAAAAAGACCUUUGUGUCUUUGCUUCAGGAAAAAGCAGAAGCACAGCUUGAAGGGGAUCGUCUCCUUGAACAGCUGAUGGAGGAGGUUGGGAAAACAAAGACUUCCUACGAGACUCAGCUCGAGGAGCAGCAACAGGCAAAUAAAAAGCUUGUGGACAAUCUGAAUGAGGCUGUGCAGAAGAUGGAGCGUAAUUGCAUCCACUUGGAGGAGGACAGGUUGACCGUCCUGCGGGACAAAGAAAGGCUGAAAUAUAAUCAGCAGAUGGAGAAGGAGGAGUGGCAGAAAACAGAGAGCUACUUAAAGUCUCAGAUUGAGUGCCAAACCCUCCAAAAGAAGGAGAAGAAGAAUAAGUGGUUCAAGUGGCAAGGGAACAGGCCAACCCUCCCUCAGGACUCAACAAACUUGGCAGAGUGGCAGAAAGCAGAAUCCUCCUUGAAGUCCCAGCUGACGGACCUUCAGAGUCUGAACUCCAAGAAGAAGAAGGAGAAGACCUGGUUCAAGGGCUUCUUCUAA